CAGUUUGGGUAAAUCAGGUAACUUAUGACCCCUCUUUAGCUUUAGCUUCCGCACCAGAUGGAAUUCCGAAGCUUGUGGGCAACAAUCGGAACGGCCCAGGAUGUCUUGCCAGGAACACAUGUCACAUCUACUUUAGUGCUGUACAGUGUAUUCCCAAUCUACAAGAAAGCCUAUCGUUGGGUCAAGCUUUCGCUGACAAUGAUCAAUUGGGCGCCAAUUGUCUAUCAGCAACCUGGUUGGAGUCCUCUUACCCCAACCGCGAUAAGGCCCUGUGGCUUGGCAGUUGGAGCAAUCUUCUGCUUCUUCCAACGGUUUCCCCGCCUCGAAUGAAUUAUAUUCCUCGUUUAACAUGACUGCAGGGGUCAAGCAAGAUUGUGAUCUGUUGUUGUUGGACUGCGUUGCUUGCGAGAAAGCUUACUGAGAUCACCACUCACCAUGUCGGUUCUAUUCACCUCCAUCUCGCCAGAUAACCCGGUGAAAAAGGAAGAUGCAAACCAGCUUCUCCAGAGACUCGGUCUCGCCGUCAGCCCAGAGGAGGAGGAUGACUUUCACACGCUCCUGGCCGCCGUGCACGACUGUGCAGAAACGGUCUCCAACCUCCAGGAUUACCAGCCCGUCCCCGAUCUCGAACGAUACCCUCGACAGAACGUUCGAAGACCUUCUUCGAAAGAGCAGGUCUUCGGCCAGGCUUGGGCACAUAAGUUCUUGAUUAAAGGCAAACCCGAUGGAGGGCCCUUGGCCGGCAAAACCAUCAGUUUGAAAGACACGAUUGCGGUCGCAGGCGUGCCCCAGCUGCUUGGAAGCGAUAUCAUCCCCUCCUGGACCCCUGUCACGGACGCCACGGUGGUGACUCGGGUACUGGCUGCGGGGGCUGAUAUCCAUGGAACGUCGACCUGCGAGAAUUAUUGCCACUCGACCUCGUCGUACACGAGCGCGCAGGGGAUCGUCGAGAACCCUUUUGCCGAGGGUUAUUCGUCGGGUGGGAGCACCUCGGGCGGGGCGGCGCUGGUCGCAGCCGGGCUGGUCGAUAUCACUAUCGGUGGAGAUCAGGGGGGCAGUAUUCGUGUGCCCUCGUCUUUCUGUGGCUGCGUGGGACUUAAACCGACAUACGGCCUUAUUCCGUACACCGGCAUCGCCAGCGGAGACGCGAUCAACGACCACGCCGGCCCUAUUGCUCGAAGCACGCUGGAUGUCGCCUUGUGUCUGGACGCAAUCAGCGGCUAUGACGGAAUCGACGACCGAUGCCUGGGCAGCCCGCAGCCCGGCUCGACCGCCUACGCGACAGCGCUACAGACCGAAGAAACCGGGGGGCGCCUCGACGGCGUCCGCGUGGGAUACCUGAAGGAAGGGUUCGAGCACGCCACCGUCGACCUCGCAGUCAAACAAGCCGUGAUGAACGCCGUCCAGAAGCUCGCGGAGCUGGGCGCGGUCGUCGAGGAGGUGUCGGUGCCGGACCACUACCACGGCCCGGCUAUCUGGACCAUCCAGCAGCGGAUCUCAGGCUCAAUGACGCUGCUGGGCCAGGCGCACGGCCGGCGCGGCCUGCAUCUGACCGAGAUGGAGAGCGAGCGGCUCCCCUGGACGCCCGAGGGCUUCCGGCGCGCGUUCCCCAGCACCAAGAACGUGAUCAUCAACGGCCUGUAUCUCACCUCCCAGUUCCCCGAUCUGUACGGCAAGACGGUCAACAUCGGUCGACGGCUGCGGGACCGCUACGAGGAGGUUUUCGGUCGAUAUGAUGUCGUGGUGAUGCCGACCACGCCGAUUGUCGCCCCCCGCCAUGGCUCCCCGCGCGACCUGCCGGUCGAGGCGCUCCGGCCUAGCAUGGGCCUCACGAUCAAUACGGCGAUCUUCGAUGUCACGGGCCAUCCUGCUAUGUCGAUACCAGUGGGUCGUGCGGCUGCUAAGGAUAAUUCUGAGGUUCAGUUGCCGGUGGGGAUGCAGAUUGUCGGCGGGCUGUGGCAGGAAGCUAAGGUGCUUCGGGUGGGGCAUGCUUGGGAGCAGCAUUUCGAUUGGAAGAGUCAAGGGGAAACGAGGUGAUGUUGAUGAACCAUUCUAAAACAAAAUCGCAAGUACAGUACAUAUUUCAUCAAGUCAUAUCAUCAUUGGACAU